AUGCAAAACGGCAGCGCAGAUGGCAUUUCACACCAAAAUGAACGCGUGACCCCCGAGCUCGAAGCAAACCCUCCUGCUCUCGCUGCGUCGGACCAUGUCGUCGAUUCUGGGUCCCGUGAAUCGAUCUCUUCUGAGACAAAGGAAGACGAAGCCGCCACUAACCAUAUCGACGAACCUCCAUCAAAAAAGCGAAAGCUUGCGGAUUCGGCUGCUUCUCGUCGGUCGAGUUCCCGUCAAGCGUCGCCCCCAUGGAAGAAGCCCGGUGCUGAUGGUCCGACAUCCUUUAUUCAAGAUGGCAGGCGUAAGUCUUCCCGAGUCAACGCGGUGCCUGUUGAGCUGCGGCCUGCGUCCGAGAAAAGGCAUACUCGGACGACUAGAAAGCAAUCCAUGGGCAAAAAUGUCGCCUCUGGGAUAAAAGGAGUCGCAUCGUCACCGUUGUCGAUGUCGGUCUCAGGUCCGGAGGUGAAUGGAAGGUUUCUUGGUGGCAAGGCGACAAAUGGUUCGCAAAGAAGCGUGAAUCUAAGGGGUGCUUCUGUUCGUCGGCCGCGCGUUUCACAAUCGCCGGUGCCAAAACAAGCUCGUACGCGUACAAGGUCUCAGAGCACUGGAACCUCAAACUCAGCUCGUCGACCCCCAGGUGUGGGACUCAACGGCUUUACUGCUGUCACGAGCGAUCUAAAUAAAGUUGAAGGACGACAUGAAGGCGUCGAAUAUCAUGAGGGGGGAGAAAGCUACCAACAGGCCCCCAGACUACGGAUCAAGAUCAAGAAGCCCUCGAUCGGCAUCCAACAUCCGUCUCAUGUUUUACCCCCCCGGAAGUAUAGAUCGUUUAGAGAGUGGCUUGACAGUAGAGACGUGGAGCUGCGAGAUGAUACUAUUUUCACACGAGAGGAGGCGCAUGAGGAGGCUCAGCGGAGGCACCGAAUAGCAAUAGCCGCAGAGCCUGGCGGUCCUUUGAGCUCUGACGUAUGCUCUGCGUUUCUACCAGAGCAGCAGGAGGAGCCGUCGCAGCAGUAUUCACAUCAGGAUCACCUAGUGGCUCAUGCUCUGUAUUUCAAAAAGCUCCUUGACCAGGAACAUAGACGCCAUCGUCACAUGGCGAAACUGUUUGCUCAAUGGUGCGCCGACGCGUGGAGGAAGCGGAACAAGGACCCCGAAGAUAUUAUUCGAGAGCAGCAGGAGGAGAUUCGGGGGAAACGCAAGCAGCUGGCUAAGGAUCUUCAGAAGAUGUUCGACCUAGUUCGGGCAGAGGUAGACAGGAUGCGCCUAGCGCGUUGGGAAGAAGAACGAAAAGCUAAGGACCAGCAAGCGCUGGAUCGCGCAAUAAAGCAAUCUACUAUGCUUUUUGAAAAGAGACGUAUGGAGAUCCUCGGCGAGACUGGAAGCGAUGGCCUCGAGUCCAGUGAAGAUGAGAUGGAUACCGAUGUUUCAACUGACGAGGAAGACCACGAAAGCAAUAUGUCCUCUACAGACUCCGAAAGUGAUAGUGGGAACUACAUCGAUGACGAUGAAGGCCUAACGGCCGAAGAACUCCGGCUGAAGUAUGCCAACCUUCCGGAUGCCAAUGGUGUUGCAGACCGCGGGUCUUUGGCAUCCGAUGAUAUGGCUUCACCAUGCGAGAUCGACUCUGCCGCCGAUGAAGUUCGAUCUAUAUUGCCUUCGGAUGUGCACCUGAAACAGGUGGAACUCGACGAAGUCGAUCCUAUGCUCAUAGAUGGCAGUGAUGAGGCAUCUACGGAUAUGGACGAUGACAUGGGCGAGACUGAUGAAGAUAUGGCUUCUAGCAAUGAUGAUUCUGGUAGGGAAGCCGAUGAUAGGCCAGGACUAUUUGGAUUUUUCUCUGCAAAGGAUAUAGCACCGAGUGGCGACUACUCCCAUAAUGACCCUGACGAUGACGACGGUGUCUCUAACAGCCUCUGCGAAGGUGAUCUGAAGUCAACUGCGGCUGAUGACGAUGAGGACGAAGAGUCGGAGUAUCCGGAUGAGGUUUCCCUUGUUCCUAAUGGGCCUGCUAAACAAGACUCUCCCCCGCAAGAUAUGACCGAGCCUUCAACCAUCCUUGACACGACUCCGGCCGGAGAUGAGGUCUCAGAAUUUGAGAUGAUCGACACCAGUGCCCAGGAAAGUCCGGCCGUCGUUAGCAAUAUGAACGAAAUAAGCGACGAUAUCCUGCACGAGGAGGGAUCACCCGAGGAACAUGAUCCUUAUCAGAGUGGUGAACCUUCCAGUGAGGCAUCUCCGGGCACGCUUGCUACGAAACCUUCCGAGCCCGAGUCUGUCUCAUCAUACGAUGCUGCAGCGGAGAAGGCCCCCCAUGCAAGCGAAUCCCCAGCUCCUGUGUUAAAGACACCCAUUCCCCAUCUGCUCCGGGGAACCCUGCGAGAAUACCAGCAUUUUGGACUGGACUGGCUCGCUGGUCUCUAUACGAACCACAUUAAUGGCAUCCUAGCCGAUGAAAUGGGACUGGGGAAAACUAUACAAACAAUAGCCCUACUUGCACACCUGGCUGUAGAGCAUGAAGUGUGGGGCCCGCACUUAGUCGUCGUUCCUACAAGUGUGAUCCUCAACUGGGAAAUGGAAUUCAAAAAGUGGUGUCCUGGCUUCAAGAUCAUGACCUACUAUGGCAACCAGGAGGAGCGCCGGCAGAAGCGCAAGGGCUGGAUGGACGAUACGAGUUGGAACGUUUUGAUUACUUCAUAUCAGUUAGUCCUUCAGGAUCAACAGGUUUUGAAAAGAAGGAACUGGCAUUAUAUGGUCCUGGAUGAGGCACACAAUAUCAAGAACUUCCGCUCCCAAAGAUGGCAGGCACUUCUGACCUUCCGGACACGAGCGCGGCUUUUACUCACCGGCACUCCGCUCCAAAACAAUCUAACAGAACUAUGGUCCCUUUUAUUUUUCCUAAUGCCUUCUGAUGGUGAUGAGACCGGCAUUGAAGGGUUUGCGGAUUUGAGGAAUUUCUCCGAAUGGUUCCGGCGGCCAGUAGAGCAGAUCUUGGAGCAUGGCCGAGACACGAUGGACGACGAGGCGAAGCAAGUGGUCACUAAGCUUCAUACUGUUUUGCGCCCUUAUAUAUUGCGCCGUCUUAAAGCAGAUGUUGAAAAGCAAAUGCCGGCAAAAUACGAACACGUCGUGUAUUGCCGGCUCUCCAAGCGGCAACGGUAUCUGUACGAUGGAUUCAUGUCCCGGGCUCAAACCAAGGAGACCCUGGCUUCGGGUAACUACUUAUCCAUCAUCAACUGUUUAAUGCAACUUCGUAAAGUUUGCAAUCACCCCGAUCUCUUCGAGACUCGGCCAAUUUCUACCUCGUUCGCUAUGCCGCGUUCCGUGGCCACGGAAUUUGGGGUCCAGGAGAUACUCGUGCGCCGGCGGUUGCUGUAUGAACACCCGCUUGACAAACUGGAUCUAGACUUUCUCAAUCUGGUUCCAAUUUCGCGAGAGGAUAUAUCUCAAAGACUUGCGGAUGAUAGCACCAGACUCAUGGCUUAUGGGCCUUUCAACACACUCCGAGAGCGUCAAUACCACCGGACCAACUGGCAGAUGAGUUUUAACGGCUCAACACUGCAGUCUACACUAGAAGCGCUAGAGAAUGACUGUAGAAAAAGAAGGAUGGCCGAGCUAGAGAAGUGCUUAUAUUUUGAGUCGAAGCGGCAUGGCCGUCGUCCUAUAUACGGAACAAGCCUUAUUCAGAUCCUUACCGCGGACACUAAGCAGCAACCUACUUCGAACGGUCCGUUACGAAAACGCUCCCUGGUAGACUGGCUGUCAAGCAGAUCAUCCGUCCUCGCCUCAAUGAUCCUGUCCAUCGAGGAGCGGUCUCAAAAUAUGGAUGGUUACGUGCAAAGAUUUGCGUGUGUUACCCCCGCUGCGGUUGCCUCCGGAAUCACCGAGGCAGCUUUGACUCCGAUUGAGACGCGACACUUCACGAAAAAGGAGAGGUUACCUUCCUAUGACCCGUUCCAUGAAGCCCAGAUGCGACUGUCUAUCGCUUUUCCGGACAAGAGACUAUUGCAGUAUGAUUGCGGCAAGUUACAAAGACUUGAUAAAUUGCUGCGAGAUCUGAAGGCCGGCGGCCACCGGGCAUUAAUUUUCACUCAGAUGACCAAGAUGCUUGAUAUCUUGGAACAGUUUCUCAAUAUUCACGGGCACCGGUAUCUUCGGUUAGAUGGAACUACCAAAGUCGAACAGCGGCAGAUUCUGACGGAUCGGUUCAACAAUGACAACCGUAUCCUGGCUUUUAUUUUGUCCAGCCGGUCUGGUGGGCUUGGCAUCAAUUUGACGGGUGCCGAUACCGUGAUUUUCUACGACCUGGACUGGAAUCCAGCGAUGGACAAGCAGUGCCAGGAUCGUUGCCACCGUAUCGGACAGACGCGUGACGUGCACAUCUACCGGUUUGUCUCAGAAUAUACCAUUGAAUCGAAUAUUCUCCGUAAGGCGAACCAGAAGAGGAUGCUGGAUGAUGUUGUCAUCCAAGAGGGUGAAUUCACGACAGACUACUUCACCAAGCUUGACGUCCGCGAUAUGAUCAGCCCUGAAGAAGCCCUGGAAGGUCAGGAUGAGGCCAGUGCAGCCAUGGACCGUGUGCUCGAAAAUCGGGUCUCCGGUAGUUCUCGAGUCUUUGAACAGGCUGAAGACAAAGAGGAUAUUGAUGCGGCUAAGAAUGCACAAAAGGAAUUGGAGCAUGCGGAUGAUGGAGACUUUGAGGACCGGAGUGUCUCGCAAAGCACGCCUGCCCAGACCCAGGCAGGGACGCCAAUUGCUACGUGCACCGACGAAGGAGGAACACCUGGAUCACAGGUCGUCGCUACGGCACCGAGUGUGCAUGAUGUAGAGGAACUCGAUGCAGAGCCCCAGCCGAGUCAUAUCGAUGACUACCUUCUACGAUUCAUGGAAUGGAACAUGAAAAACGAACCGCUUGUUCUACCAGGAGAAAGGAGCAAGAAAAAGUCUAAGAAGGGCAAGGAGCACCGGCUUCACAAGAGGCGUCGCUAA